UAAAAGCAUCAUGUGAGCUCCGAAGUCGGAAGAAGACGUUCACCCGACCCGCUGCUUUGAAAUUUCUUCUCCGAGACUCCGUCUAUAUCCUGGAGUAACAAAUCGAAUCCAAAAACCGGAAACUUGGGACAGUAAGCUUUGGAAAUUCCAUGAACGCCUCAUUUGCGAUUCCGAGAACUGAGUCGACUCACCAUCGCCUCUACGAGUUCGCCAAAGCAGCCCUUAUCAAGAUUUUCGUCCACCCUUAUGCCACUGUAUGCGAUUUGUAUUGUGGAGGAAGUGCGGACGCAGAGAAAUGGGAUGGUGCUCAAUUUGGCCACUACAUAGGAAUUGAUGUAUCAUCAUUUGGUAUAAAUGAGAUUAGGGAAGCUUGGGAGAGUCAGAGGAAAAGUUAUACUACUGAGUUCUUUGAGGCUGAUCCUUGUUCAGAAAAUUUCGAAAUGCAGCUGCAGGAAAAGGCCAACCAGGCUGAUUUAGUUUGCUGUUUACAGAAUUUGCAGCUGUGUUUUGAGACUGAGGAAAGUGCAAGGAAACUUCUGCAUAAUGUAUCAUCUUUGCUUAAACCGGGGGGUUAUUUUUUUGGUAUUACUCCUGACUCAUCUACCAUAUGGGCAAAGUACCAAAAGAAUGUCGAAGCGUACCACAAUAGAAGUGGCAGCAUGAAGCCAAAUAUAGUUCCUAAUUGCAUUCGAUCAGAAAGCUACAUGAUCACCUUUGAAGUUGAGGAAGAGAAGUUUCCAUUGUUUGGGAAGAAAUACCAGUUAAAAUUUGCUCAUGACAUUUCUGCUGAAACACAUUGUUUGGUUCAUUUUCCAAGCUUGAUCAGGUUGGCCCGGGAAGCUGGUUUAGAGUAUGUGGAAAUUCAGAACUUGACCGAAUUCUAUGAUGAUAACAGUACUGAUCUCCCAUCUUCAUAUGCUCAAAGAAUGCAUUUUGCAGGCAUGGUGAUGAAUGCUGUUCCAAACCUAGUAGAUCCCAGAGGGAGGCUUCUUCCUCGAUCAUUUGAUGUAUUAGGUCUGUAUACUACAUUUAUAUUUAAAAAGCCCAAUCCUGAUGUUGCUCCACCUCUUACAUCCCCAUUAUUGCCAGAAGAAAGUUACAAUCAUGAUGAGAGAGAGUGGCAGGCAGCAACUACUGUAUGGAGAGAUGAUGAAAAGACUACAGAACCGCCACCGCCUCCUCCUCCUCUUGGACUGGGCAAGAUAAGUGAACAGAAGGGAAUCCUGGGUCCUGGUCCAGCAGAUUUACGUUUCUCAGAGGCACUUUGACACAAUAGGGUGAUCGGAAGCAACCAUUUGGAGGCUGCAUACAGGGCAGAAGAAUGGUAGAAUAGAAGCUCUGGUAGAACUUGUUAACUUUUAGAUACUCUGGUACCAAUUGUUAACUUUAAAAGGCUCUAAUACUUGUUAGAAAUUGAUAGAUAACUGGAGAGGAAAGAGUGUAAGAAUAUGGAUAAUUAAAAUUUACUAUUUCCAAUAUCCUUACAAUUUA